AUGUCGCAGCACAAAGCACUCCUCCUUUCCUCUCCGAAGGGACCUCUCGUUAUAGGAACUAACACUGUACCCAAUCCAGGCCCGGGAGAACUUCUCAUCAAGGUUUAUUCUGCUAGUCUCAACCCUGUCGAUUGGGGAAUCAAAGAAUAUGACGUGUACGUAAAGGAAUAUCCCGUCGUUCUCGGUAUGGAUAUGGCAGGCACUGUCGUAGAACUAGGAGAGGGAGUGUCCACAUUCAAGAAGGGUGACAGAGUGUACAUCUCCGGAGCUCUUAUUCUGCAAUGUAAGCAGAUACCUGAUUUUAUGUCAUUUGAUGAUGCGGCGGCGGUACCUCUCUGUCUUGCCACUGCAGCCAUGGGGCUGUUCAACAAAGUCCAUGGCAUUGGGCUAUUCCCCCCCUGGGAAAACGGCGGGCGCGGGCUGUAUCAUGGAAAACCUUUGGUCGUCGUUGGAGGAUCGAGUACAGUCGGACAGUUUGUAAUUCAACUGGCUAAGCUGUCUGGCUUCAGCCCUAUCAUUGCCACGGCUUCCAAGCACAACACGGAAUAUCUCAUCCGACUUGGAGCGACACAUGUAAUUGACCGUGACAUGACCUCCGACAUGAUAUGCAUUGAAAUUGCCAAUAUCACAUCCGAACCUAUUGAGGUCUCAUACGACGCUGCAGGCGAUCCCAAGGCGGCAGACCUUGCUUACGAUUUGCUUUCCCCCGGCGGUUGCGCAGUGCUUCAUUUCCGUGACGAGAAGAAAAAUAGGCCAGACAGACGGGCUGCAUAUGUGUUAGGAAAUGCGCAUAGGACUGCCAAUCGUAACAUGGGUAUAUCUCUCUUCUCAAAACUACCCGCUUUGUUGGAAGAAGGGGCCAUCCGUCCUAAUCGUGUAGAAGUGCUUCCGAACGGGCUAGAAGGCGUUGUUUUUGGUUUAGAGAGGCUGAAGAGAGGCAUUAGUAGUCUAAAGUUAAUUGCCCAUCCGCAGGAGACGGCGUAG